AUGAGGGACAUCACAGGAAUCACCAAAUGCCGCGAGCGAGCCAAAAACUCUGUUUGGUGGCCAGGACUCAGUGAAGAAAUCCAGGAUCUGGUUCAACAAUAUAGGGUCUGCGCUUUGCAUAAGGAAAAGAAUCCCGAACCGCUUAUAGCAACACCCUUACCAGACCGCCUCCGUCAAGCCGUAGCCACAGACCUCUUCGAGCUGAAAGGUAUUGACUUCUUGAUUGUAACAGACUACUUCUCAAAGUACAUAGAAGUAGCAGCCAUGAAGAAGACGACAAUGUCAAGUGAAGUUAUAAGAGCACUUAAGUCGAUAUUUGCCAGACAUGGCAUCCCCGAACAAGUGCGAUCCGACAAUGGUCCUCAAUUUUACAGGAACUGCACCUUUGAUGAGAGAACAUUCUGCAGCUGGUCCAAUGAAAGAUACACCGACCAUUUCGAUUGGGUACUUGGACAAGGAAGUUCUCCAAGUAGUGACACUGGACCAAUCACUGACUACGCAGAAAAUGGCUCGUAUAUCUACAUUCAAACGUUAUCUCCUCGAAAGUACGACGAGAAGGCCAGAUUGAAAAGCCCGUGGUUGAGGGGUCCACUGCGGAUAACAUUUUUUUACUCCAUGUACGGCAGCACCAUUGAGACUCUCUCUGUAUAUGUCAUAAUCAAUGGUAGUGAAUCCAGGAUAUGGAGUCGUCAUGGGAACCGAUCAUCACGCGAUUGGAUCAAAGGCUGCGUGGCUAUAAGCUACGAAGGGACUUAUCAGGUAGUAAUAGAGGGCAUUGCAGGUGUGACUUCUGCAUCAAGUAUUGCAGUUGAUGAACUCAUUUUCAGUGAGAACCUAACUUGCGUUUCAGAUGGUGACACUACUCCAUCUGAACUCUUUAAAGUGAACUGCACCUUUAAGGAGAGUUUUUGUGGAUGGCGAAAUCUAUUUGCACCUUGGGAUCAAAUCGACUGGAGGAGAGGAUCAGAAAACUCAAGUGAACAAAUUGAAGCGAGCGGUAAUCUCACUGGCAAAGGAAGAAAAUAUAUUUACAUCGAAGAAUCACAACCUGACAAAGUAAAUCAAACCGCUCAGUUAUCGAGUCCAUUUAUUCGGGGACCAAAAUGUUUCCGCUUUUCUUAUCGCUUGUCCGGACGUGAUGUGGGAAGACUGGAUGUCUUGCUUCAACUUCGAGGGCGACAAGGAGAUUACUUGAUGUGGAAUAAGUCGGGGGAUCAGGGAAGUCAGUGGAUAAUGGCUAGCGUCGAUAUCGGUUAUACUGACGAGUGUCAGAUUGUCCUGCAAGCAACAGUUGGCAAAAACUACACAAGUCGUAUAGCCGUCUAUGACGUCAACUUAGUUGAUGGACUAUGCCAUGACGAGAGGGAAUUUAGCACCAACGUACAAGGGAAUUGUAACUUCGAUCAUAACUUGUGCUUUUGGAGGAGUGAUUUAAAUUUUAUCUUCGCAUGGAGAAGAAAAAAAGGCGGGACAUCGAGCCUUCAGACUGGACCCAGCAGGGACCAUACUUCAGGAUCUGGUUAUUACAUUUAUAUUGAAACAUCGAGGCCCAGAAAGAUGGGAGACACUGCAAGGCUCACGAGUCCGUGGCUAAGAGGACCACAUUGCAUGAUGUUCUACUACCACAUGUAUGGCUCUUCCAUGGGAUGUGUUGUUGUGUACAUAAGAAGACAGGCUGCAGACAGAUUACAACCGCUUUGGCUGAGGUCCAAGAAUCAAGGAAACAGAUGGAUUCAAGGGCAAGUUAGCAUAAACGAUACUUCAAGUUAUCAGAUAAUAAUUGAUGGUAUUAGAGGCACAAGCUUUCGUGGAGACGCAGCCUUGGACGACUUCACGUUUCAACACGGACUUUGUCACCAAUUAAGUAAAGCAACGUUCUACGUGUCUUCCCUUAAGGGAAACGAUUUCAGAAUAUCGACAAGACCCUCUGGAGACAAUCUGUACUCCGACGAAUUCAGAUUCAGUGUCGAACAUCCCCGAGGAAAUCCGACAGAGAACACUUAUUUCAUCUAUCCUCAUGCAAAGGGACACAGCUUUGUUACCACAAAGCUAGAUAUUUUUAACUAUAAUAACUAUCCCUUGGAUGUUGCUGUCCUCAAUCACAAGGAGUUGUCACUGAAUUGCAGUAAGAUUUUCUUCAUUAGCAGAGAUAGGGUUGGGCCUAUGAUAACUCUUGAAGAUCCCAGUCUUAAGGAUGGUUGCAAAUGCAAGGCGAAUUUCUCUUUUUAUGCCUGCAAUGUGGUUCAAUCAGAAAGCCGUUCUAUUUCUGGAUGUGAACCUGGUUGGUACAAACUAGGACAAGCAUGUUUCAUGUUCUAUUUCCAAUCAUCUAAGGCGUGGCGGUUUGCCCGGAACCUGUGUCACAAACAGAAGAGCGAAAUCGCUAUAGUCAAUAGUGCAGAGCAACUAGAGGCCCUUGCAGAUCAGAGGAAAAAACUCAAGCGUGAAUACCGCGGUCUUACACUUGGACUUGAUAGCAACCUACGUUGGGUUUGGAUAGAUGGUGAGAAUGCAAAGAGUAAUGAAAAUCUAUGGGGGCCAAAUGAACCAAGCGGAGACGGUAAAUGUGGAGCUUUCUUAAAUGCAAUUGAAUGGAAUUCAAACUGGGCUGGGUACGGAUGGCGCUGGAAUGAUAUAUCCUGCACGAGCCGUGAAGGAUAUAUUUGUGAGGAACCAUUAGACGUCCCCCUACCUGUGGCUCUCUUUUCUACCAGUCGCACCGAUGGAGUUGUUGACCUGAGUCCAAAUGGAGCCACUAAAGCAGUGUUUGAUAACAUCACGCUGACAAGAGGUCCCUGGGGUAAUCCAGUUGGCUCCUUUCUCUUCAGUGGUUUGAAUAACAGCUACGUGGAAGUUGAAAAUGAGGGAGAACUUGAUACAAGGUUUUCGAUGAGUGUUUUUGCAUGGGUCCACCCUGACGCUUCUGCCACUCGUGCUGGUCCGAUAUAUGAUAACGGUUGCUCGAUGUGGGUUUUUCCUUCAACUUGGGGACUUGAAAUUCGUUAUAUGGUUAGGGAUCGUUCUAAGAUUCACCUAUUGCGUAAGGAUGGUGUUAUCAAAAUAAAUGAGUGGAAUUUUAUAGGGACCACAUACGAUUAUCACACUGGCGUUGCGUCUGUGUGGGUGAAUGACAGCAUGGUUAUGAACAAGUCUCUUGGAUCUAACGUGGAAUUGGCGACUCAAGGAAAUCUUACGAUAGGAGCGUCCAACAAUCGUGAGAUACAAUUUUAUGGCAAAGUUUCCUGCUUGCAGUUCUACGCUCAAGCAUUGUCCUUGGAUCAAAUUAUGAAGAUAAAGACAAGAUGCAAUCAAACCAUUUCUCAAUCAUGGUGCCGUCCGGGCUUUUUUCCCCUUCAUGGCGGUUGCUAUUUUAUAUAUCCCCCAAAAGAACUUAAUUGGCAACAGGCUUUGGAGCGGUGCAAUCGAAGUGGUGGAACCUUGGCCAAGAUAACUCGUGAGGGUUUGAGAUCCACUUUCUCCAAUUUAUUAGAAGAAAUAAGACGCUUCAAGCCAUAUUAUAAUAGUUUCUUCAUUGGCCUGUUGAGCAAGGACGAGUGGACAUGGAUUGACGGCAGCCCGUUAAAUAGCUCGUUGUGGAAGCAAGGAUAUCCAAAAACAAUUGAAAAAACCCGUAGCUGUGGUUAUCUAGCUGGUGGCUCAUCGCGAUACAUGGUUAUCAGAAAAAAGCUGGUGAAUCUUAGGACGACACUUUCCCCACUGUGUCAGCACAAGUUAAAAGCUGAGUCAUUGUCAAACCGGAGUUUGAUACGAAGUUCAAGCAUGUUGCAGCCAUUUGAACCUAUCCUUGCCAUAGAUCGAUCUUACUCUACUUGCUUUCGUUCUUUGAAGGAAUCAAAUCCCUGGUGGCAAGCAACUUUUGACAAACUGCUGUAUGUCGUUUCUGUUUCUAUAAUUGACAAAAUCGAUUGCUGUCCACGUGACUCUGGAAUCAUCAAUGUUAGUGUGACAACCAGUCAAACUGGCUUGUCUCCAACAUGUUCCAAAUCGAUGGCAUAUGAUGGAACAACACAUGAGUUCAUUUUUGAUUGCUCACCACCCGCGCUUGGAAAUAAUGUGAAAAUAACGUUGACGGGUGAUAAUGUCACGUUAGUUCUCUGCCAUGUUGCCGUGGAAACAAUUGAGUCGACCCGAGAGGUACACGGAGUUUUGCGUGAAGGAUGGUACAAUAAAUACGAAUAUGACUCCAAAAAGACAUCAUCUAUGCGUGAACACCCUCUAAUUCAAGGUCCACCUGAAAGCCGGAUUAUUUUGAGAGAUUUUGAUGCGCCAAUAAAUCUGGCAGAGAACUAUGUUCAACGAUUGACAAGUUACCUACAGGUUUCUCUGAGCGGAAAUUACACCUUUUAUGUGGCGUGCGACGAUAUGUGUGAGUUAUGGAAGUACGAUGUUACAGAGACAGGCAUCAGAAGAGUUGAAAUAGAAUCUGGGGAAAGUGCAACGAACCAACCAAUUAUUUAUGUUAAAAGGUGGACACAAUAUCUCCAAUGGGACAAGUACCCAGAGCAAACAUCUCAGCCAAUCGUCCUUAAAAAGUGUCGCUUUUAUCGAAUGGUGAUCUUCGGUAGAGAAAAAGGCGGCAACGAUCACAUAUCUGUGGGCAUGCGUAACCCAAAUGGGGAAUAUGAACGGCCUAUUACUGGGGAAAGACUGUUUUGGACUAAACCAGGGACGCGUAAUUUAGAAAUGUCACUUAAGAAUCACAAGACAUCGAUAUCUGCCUUCGUUGGGUCAAAUUUACUCAUAACAGGAUAUUACAAGUUUUGCUGUGAGGGAGUCUAUUGUCCUGAUUGCCCACUGGAACUGAACAUCUCAAGCCUCGGACAAAAUCUAACUCUGAACUCAGCAGUGAGCCUGUCCUGUGUUAACACAUCAUUUGAGGUAGUUUUUAACACGAUCUGUCAACCUGGAAAUUUUACUGUGAAGGCCAGCUAUUCAUUCGUGGAACAUCCAGAGGAAAUUCUCGAGGAGCGAGUUUUGGGACAAGUAGAUCUUAAAGCGGUGGUGCUAGAAGAAUGCUACUUCGAGUCUGGAAAAUGCGACUGGACUAGCCCACAUGCAAAUUCCAAGUGGAAGCUCUUUCCUGGCGAUUUUGCAUACAUUAAUGGCCCUUACAAAGCGCAGUUACAGAGUCCACUAUUACCAUGGGAACCAUUUCAUCGAGUCGUUGGCUUGUGCUUACGGUUCACUUACCGUAUACCUUUUAAAUCAAAGUCAACCAUAAAAGUUCUUCUUCGGGAACCAGGGAAAGAGGAGCUAAUUUUAACAUGGCAGCUUAGGGGAUACCAUGGUAAAGAAUGGUCUGCGGCUGAGGUGUCUUUGCCCGGCGCAGCAGCAGUUCAGAUUAUAUUUGAGGGAGAAGGCUUUCUUCAUAACCAAGUAAAUGCAGCAAUCAAGAACGUGAUUGUAACUACCGAGAAAUGUGGCUUGCUACCAUACUUUGCAAAACCAGGUUUUAGUUGCGGGAAUAAACAGUUUCAAUGCAAGAAUGGCGAAUGUGUCAAGGAAAAUUUGCGAUGUGAUGGCGACUUUGCUUGUACCGAUGAUUCAGAUGAAGAUAAUUGUGAAUGUCCCUACAAUAAGUUCGCUUGUCUGGAUGGAAAAUGUCUUCCAGCAUCAGCUGUAUGUAACGGUAUAAAUGACUGCUCUAAUGGGGAUGAUGAAAAUAACUGCCGAAAUAAGUGCCCCUUUAAGCAUCACUGUCUUGAUGGAUCAUGCAUUGCUUGGUCAGAGACCUGUAUUCGAGAGCCUUCCUGCAAGGAUGGAACUAACACUCCAUCAGUAUGCGGAUCUGGGAAAUGCCGCCUUAACGACUUAGCGUGUUCAUCCAAAGAGUCCAAAGGACCAACAAGAUGUAAAUCUUUCAGAAGUUUUUGCAAUUUCGAAAAUGACUUGUGCCAACUUACUCCGGAUAUGAAUGCCACUUUCCAAUGGACCACAGCUUCAGGUGAAACACCAACGGAGAAGACUGGGCCAAGUUACGAUCAUAGCACGUUAAGCAAAGACGGGUCGUAUAUCUAUAUCGAAGCUUCUCCGCAACGCUCUGGGGACGUGGCAAGGUUGUUAAGCAAAUGGAUGGAACCCAACCAGUCAGCUUGUGUUCAGUUUUGGUAUCAUAUGUACGGGUCAGAUAUCGGUAAUCUGAGCUUUUAUCUGAAGACUAAUCAAUCCGAGACAUUGGUUUGGAGACUGUCAAGCGAUCAAGGGGAUCGCUGGAAGUUUGGUCAAUUUUCUCUGAUCAGUGAAAGGGCUCAUAGGUUUGUCAUAGAAGGAACGACUGGUGAUGGAAGUGAAGGUGACAUUGCAAUAGAUGAUAUGUCUGUGCUGGAUGGAAACUGUAAGAAGAUUAUUGCACAAGGUAGUCCAGACUGCAGUUUUAGAGAGGAUACGUGUGAUUGGGAGACUCGGGAAGGAUGGACUCUCUCUAAAGGUGUAUCAUUUAUUUUUCUCCGCGCCGGAGCAUCUGAAGUGCCUCAUACACUCUCGUCCCCAAUUAUAAACACUCACGAAUGGAAGUGCUUACGCUUAUGGUAUUUCAUUGGUGCCACAAACUUGUACAAAACGUCGUUACAGGUGCUUCUGCAGUCGUUAAUAUCGAACCUAUCCACACUGCUCUUCUUUGUGGAUGAAAUGGCAAGUGCGACAAAUUAUACUCAGAUACCGUUGCCAAGCAAUUACAGCAAAGCAAAGCUUGAAUUCUUUGGUAUUUAUGAAGAGUUUGGUGACCAAAUUCUGGCCAUUGAACAAGUUUCCUUUUCAAAAGAGCCUUGUGACCCAAUUUCUUGGCGACAAAAUGAUAUUAACGAACCCCUUGGAAUGCAAAAUGGUGAAAUAGUAGACACGCAAAUCAGUUCUUCAUCAUCAAUGGACGAGGCUCAUGCUGCCAGUCGAGGCCGUCUACACUUAAACGCAACUUCAGGAAAGGCAGGCGCUUGGUCCGCCGGCACAAAUGACAACAGCCAGUGGCUCCAGAUUGAUCUGCGUAAUAAUAACAUCAGAGUCACGGGUGUUGCGACACAAGGGAGAAACGGACGGUACGCCCAGUGGGUAACGAAAUAUAAGUUACAGUACAGCAGCGAUGGGGUAAACUUCCAGUUCUACAAGGAACCUGGACAUACCGCUCUUAAGGAUUUCGCUGGAAACAAAGACCAGGAUUCUGUUGUUUAUCACGAACUUAAGUUUCCUAUCAGAGCACGAUUCAUUCGCUUUCAACCAGAGGCUUGGCAUGGGCAGAUAUCAAUGAGAGUUGAGUUGUAUGGUCAUCAAAAAGAAUGCCAGAAAGCUCUGGGUAUGGAAAACAAUGAAAUCUCCGAUGGGCAAAUUCGUGCCUCUUCCAGCUGGGAUGGCAACUCUGUCGCUAGCCGUGGGAGAUUAUCAAUUAAAGCAUCUGGUCGCAUGAGAGGAAGCUGGACAGCUUCUGCAAAGAAUUCACACCAAUGGCUUCAGAUUGAUCUUGGAGCCAACGAUACUAAAGUUACAGGUGUAGCUACUCAAGGAAGGCAAGAUGCCGACCAAUGGGUUACCAGUUACAAGCUUCAAUAUGGUAAUGAUGGAUUGAAUUUUCAGUACUACAAGGAUCAAGGUGAGGAAAAGGAUUUUUCUGGAAACAACGACCGUGAUACGGUUGUUUUUCAUGAAUUAAAACCGCCCAUCGAUGCCCGCUUCGUUCGUUUUCUCCCAGAGGCUUGGCAAAACCACAUAUCAAUGAGGGUAGAACUGUAUGGCUGUCUUGAUGAAUGUCAGGAAGCUCUAGGUAUGAAAAAUGGUGCAAUUCCCGAUAGACAAAUAAGCGCCUCUUCACAUUGGGAUAAUUAUCAUGCGGCUUGGCAGGGUAGACUAGAUUAUAAAGGGACAUGGAAAGCAGGGUCGUGGUCAUCACGAGGUAAUGAUAUACAUCAAUGGCUCCAGAUUGAUCUGUAUAGUCCAUACAUGAAAGUUACAGGAAUUGCCACACAAGGUAGAAAUGGUCACGAUCAAUGGGUGACACGGUAUACAUUGUGGUACAGCAACGAUGGUAGAAAUUUCCAACCCCACAAGGAAGCUGGAGAACGGACGGAAAAGCAUUUUGAUGGAAACAGAGACCGGGAUACAAUUGUUUACAAUAAAAUCAACCCACCAAUCAAAGCUCGCUAUAUCCAAAUUCGACCACAGGCCUGGUACCGCCACAUUUCUAUGAGGACAGAGCUUUAUGGUUGUCUGGAAGAUGUCAGUGGGGUAUCCAUCAACAUAUCAGACUGUCAACAAGCUCUUGGCAUGGAAAAUGGUGCAAUCGCUGAUGCACAAAUCACAGCCUAUUCCAUCUGGGACGAUAACCAUGCUGCGUCUCAAGCCAGACUGGACUUUAAAGCAAUUGCGAAAUCUGGAGCUUGGUCAGCUAAGAGAAACGAUGUUCAACAAUGGCUUCAGGUGGAUCUAGGUAGUCAGUACGCCAAAGUUACGCGUGUAGGAACACAGGGGAGGGAUGAUUAUAGCCAGUGGGUAAUCAAAUACAAGCUGCAGUAUGGUAAUGAUGAAGCUGAACUUCAGUUUUAUAAGGAAAGAGGAACAAAUAUAGACAAGGAGUUUGAUGGUAACUCAGAUAGAAGCACUAUCGUUUUCCAUGAACUAGAGCCACCCAUCAAAGCACGCUUCGUCCGCUUUCGACCUCAAGUUUGGUUUAACCACGUGUCAAUGAGGAUAGAGCUUUACGGCUGUCGAGAAUGUCAGGAACCUCUCGGUUUGGGAAAUAGCUCAAUAACAGACGGGCAAUUAAGUUCUUCUUCUCAACUGGACGAUGCUCAUGCUGCAAUGCAGGGGAGACUUAACUCUAACGCAACCGGAGGUUCAGGAGGAUCUUGGUCAGCUGGUAAUAACAAUUCGAGUCAAUGGCUUCAGAUCGACCUUCUUGAUCAAAGUAAUAAUGUGACCCGUGUGGCUACUCAAGGAAGACAUGAUGCCAGCCAGUGGGUAACGAAGUACAGACUGCAAUACAGUGAAGAUGGUAAAAUCUUCCACUUUUAUCGGGAACCAGGAGAUACAGCAGGGAAGGUUUUUGAUGGAAACAACGACCAGAAUUCAAUUGUUUAUAAUGACCUUCACCCACCCAUCACAGCACGUUUUAUCCGCUUUCAACCAGUGUCUUGGUAUCACCAUAUAUCUAUGCGAGUAGAGCUGUAUGGCUGUCAAGAUGAUCGUCCGUGCGAGACAUCAGUGGAGUCGUGCGGAUGGAAUAUUACGCGGGGUUGGAAACGAAUGAAAUACAGAGAUCUUGACAAUAUAGGUAGUGACGCCGAUGAUGAAGGGAUAAUCAACGAUGAAAACUACGAGAUCCACUUCCCCGACAGUAGCCGUGGCUAUGUCUCAUUCUCAGACAUUCGACAGGCGAAAGGGGGAUUCACCAUCUGCUUUUGGUUAAAGACGUCAAAUGUUGGUUUUUUUAUCGAAUAUAGAACUGAGGCAUCGGGAGAUCAAAAUGAAACGCUAGUAUUUGGGCUCUAUUGUGGUAACAACACCUUUGAUAUUCUAUUGAGAAACCGUAGAAGUCAAUAUUCAAUGGGUAUGACAGAUGAUUCUUGGCACUACGUGUGUGUGCUACUGGAUGGCAACAUCGGAUUACUAGCUGUAUUCAAAGAUGGUCACAGAAAUUUUAAGGAAGCUCGCAGGAGGGCACCCAAUUCUGAAUAUUGGAAUGCAGGAACCAUGACAGUUGGCUUCAGGAAAACGAACAACAGUAAUUCAGCUGUUCUUGGCAAACUGAGUGGCCUCAAUAUAUGGAGCUACCCUGUCUCAAUCACUGAGAUUCUGAGCAUGUCAUAUGGUUGUGGAACUGAAGCAGGAGACUCCAAAUCCUGGGAAACAGUCAGGGAUAAGAUAAUUGGAGAAGUUGAGAUUAAAGACUCCAGAACAUGCAAAGACAGAAAAGCUGGCAGACUUGUGGCAGAAGGCAUUACGGUCCACGUCAAUCAAAGCGCUCUUUUUAUAAGUCCUCUUUACGAUGCAUCGCGUGGUGGCCAGAGUCGAUGUCUCAGGUUUCGUUACAUGCUGCAAGGACCUGGGGAGAAAGCACUGACAGUUUACCGGAAGGCGAAAAAAUAUCGUGAAAUACCUAUUUGGAUCUCAAAAGGCAUCACCCGGGGGAACUGGGUUUAUGGCCAGGUUCAACUCAGCUCCAUUUCAGACUUUCAGGUGCUUAUAAAAGCGGAAAUGGGGAGGAGAGAAGACUUAAUAGCGUUGACAGGGCUGUACAUCGACGAGGGAAAAAAUUGCAGAGUGACGCCAUUGUCGGCGAAAAAAGCUUGCAGCGAGAACUUAAUCAACGAAACAGGAUAUUUCUUCUCUCCUUCAUAUCCUGGAAAUCCUCCAGAUGAUACUUUUUGCAAAUGGCACAUCACCGUCCAGAAAAACCACAUCAUUCGUUUGGAAUUCCAAGAGUUUUUACUCACGAACCACCCCACAUGCGAGAGAUGUUUCCUUCAAAUCUUUGAUGGACGUGAUUUAUCUGCGACCGCGAUAGGAAAAUUUUGCGGCGAUAUGCAUCCUCCAGUUGUCAUUUCUUCAUCAAGCCAUUUCACGAUUGUUUUCCGUUGUGUUGAGGGUUUGCGAAUGACAAGAUUCAAGGCCUUUUAUCAUUCUAUUAGAACUCAAUAUUGGGAAGGAUCGUCUUGUUCACUUCAUCGAGAGUGCCCAUCAAGCUGCAAGUGUAAGGAGUUUGGUGAAGUAUACGAUAAGAGGAUUCUGAUUAUUGGAGAAAAGUUGCUGGCUAUACCGAGUAAUCUUCCUCCAAAUACUGGAGCAGUGGUUUUUCGUCAAAAUUGGAUCUCGCAACUUCGCGAGAAGGAGUUUUCAGACCUUAUAACACUCGAGUAUAUUGACCUUAGCUUUAAUAAUCUGCUCCACCUGGAUGAAGAAUGUUUUCAAAACGUAUCUUCUGUUACUACGCUGAGACUGAAUUCUAACUUUCUUCGAAUUCUUCCUAUUGGAGCAUUCAGCGAGCUCCCUAAUUUAAAAGUCCUUGACUUAGGAAGUAACCUUCUUAGCAGUAUCAGAAGUGGAGUGUUUGAUGCACAGUCAAAUUUGAAUGUUUUAGGUUUACGCGCAAACCAACUGAUGAAUUUGCAGAAUGGCGUUUUUGACAACAAAAGCAAGAUGACCCAUUUGUACCUCCAGGAAAACAAACUGACAGCAUUGCCAAAUGGCUUGUUCAAAGAUCUCUCCAAGCUGGAAGUCUUGUACUUGGACAACAAUGGAUUAGCUAACGUACCUACAGAUGCAUUCAGCGAGCUGACUAGCCUUAAGUAUCU